UUUUUCCAUUAUGUUCAGUUUCAAUUCAGAAAGAAAAACAAAAUCUAACCUGAAAACCCUAACCCUAAGCUGCCAAUAUUUAGCAUUUGAAGACAGAAAGAAGUAGAAAGAUUUGGAUAUCAGUAUAUGCAAAUAAAUUGAGUCAGAGAGACAAGACAGAGAGUAAAAUAGAGGCAGAGAUUUAAAACAUAAAAAGAGAAAUAAAGGAAAAAUUGACACUUUUUCUGAUCUAGUUUGUGCUAUACAACAACUCUCUCUCUCUCUCUCUCUUCAACUUGUUAGUGCCAAUGUUAGCUAAUCUCAAGAUCCCAAAACAUCCAUUUGUCAACUCCCUCUCAAAUCCAAAAUUCAACUCCAAAAUCUUCAUUUGACGAAGUACCCAUCUCUUGCUUUUCCUAAAAAUUGAACUUUACCCUCAAAAAAUUUUAAUUUUGAUUAUUACCCAUUUCUUCUAUAAUCAUCAGAAUCAAAAAGGUAUGUUUUGAGUCUUCAUCAAUCCAUAUGUUUAUUUCAUUUUAAACAUGAAAUUUAGCAUAAGAUUUUGAACUUUGAUUUGAUUUUUUUUUUUGGGUGCCAACUUAUGCCCCAUUAUCAAUUUAACCACCGAGAACAAGAACAGGAACAGGAACAAGAUUGGAUUUUACUGUUGUUAUUACUAUGGGAGCAGAGAAAAGAUGGCUUUUUACACUCUUCUCUGCAGCAUUUAUAUCUCUUUUGUUUCUCUUAUUUUACUCAAUCUCUGCUCUUAGUUCUCCAAAAUCUUUCCCUUCUAUAGUCCGUCAUGGCACCCACUAUCCUCCUGCUUUUGCCUACUAUAUCUCCGGUGGCCGUGGUGAUGGGGACCGGAUCCUAAGGCUAUUGCUGGCUGUAUAUCACCCAAGGAACCAUUACUUGUUGCAUUUGGGUGCUGAUGCAUCUGAUGAGGAAAGAGCGAGACUUGUUUGGGCUAUAAAUGCAGUGCCUGCAAUCAGGUCAUUUGCUAAUGUUGAUGUUGUUGGGAAGCCUAGUCGGCUUGUUUAUAUGGGUUCGUCUAAUUUGGCUGCAACUUUGCGUGCUGCUGCCAUUCUGUUGAGGGUGCAAUCAGGAUGGAACUGGUUUGUCGCACUGAGUGCAUUUGAUUAUCCCUUGUUGACUCAGGAUGGAUGUGUCUCCUUCCUCCCUUGUUGUAGGUCCUCGCAAUUGCCUAAUCUGCUGCAUUGCUGGCAAAAGCACUGCAUAUAUUUUUCAUUGAUUGAUAUUAUGGCUUCAGAACUCAUCAUACUUGAUUUGUCUCAUGUUUUCUCCUCCAUUAGCAGAGACUUUAAUUUCAUAGAUCACACCAGUGAUCUUGGGUGGAAAGAAUCUCAGAGAUUCCAGCCUAUUGUUGUUGACCCAGGAAUUUACCUUGCAAGAAGGAGCCAGAUUUUUCAUGCCACGCAGAAGCGUGGAACACCUGAUGCUUUCAAGGUAUUCACAGGUUCCCCAUGGGUCAUCUUGAGCCGAUCAUUUCUUGAAUUUUGCAUUCUUGGUUGGGAUAACCUUCCACGAACCCUUCUUAUGUACUUCAACAACAUGAUAUUAUCUGAAGAAGGCUAUUUCCACUCUGUCAUAUGCAAUGCACCAGAGUUUAAGAACACUACCGUGAACAGUGAUCUGCGGUAUAUGGUCUGGGACAAUCCUCCAAAGAUGGAACCACAUUUCUUGAACAUUUCUGAUUAUGAUCAAAUGGUUCAAAGUGGGGCAGCUUUUGCAAGACAGUUCAAGAGGAAUGAUCCUAUACUAGACAUGGUUGACGAGAAGAUCCUCAAGCGUGGAUAUAACCAAGCUGCUCCAGGUGCUUGGUGCACUGGCAGGAGGAGCUGGUGGAUGGAUCCUUGCUCCCAAUGGGGCGAUGUAAAUGUGGUUAAGCCUGGUCCGCAGGCCAAAAGAUUUGAAGACACUAUCAGAAACCUUCUUGAUGAGUGGAAUUCACAGAUGAACCAGUGCAAAUGAAGUUGCGUUUGAAAGGCUUAUUGUCCAAGACAUCGUGCAAGACUUUUGCAUCUGAAUUUCUUCCAUCAAUGCAAAGAUUUUCCAUCCCUUGAUCUUUGAUUCUUUGGUCCUUGGGUCCAUUUCACGGGGGAUUCAAUUACACGCUAUGAAUGUUUAUAGAAGUGGCAGAGUUGAAGGGAUAAGCAAGUGAAUUCGCUUGGGGUUUUUGGUUGUAUACUGUCACGGUAGUAUCUGUUUCUAGAGCCACCAACAGUUGGACAGUUUCAAUCAAUAAGAACAUCUCCCUCUUUGUGCUGCCCUUGGCAAGUUGUUGUAUGUUAAAGUUCUUUUGUUGUUUAGCAUUCUUCCAACUCUGUAGCAGAAGCUCACUCAUUUGUUUCCAAUUUAUGCUCAGUUAACCAUGUAUAAUGAUAUGAUGCUUCUCUUCA